CCCCUCCCUCCCUGCGGCUGCUGUGUUAUGAAACUGGCGUGCAGCCAGAUCACGUGUUGUUCAGGGGUACCUCUCAGUGUGUUGUUCAGGGGUCCCCUCUCAGUGCAGCUGCUGAAACAUCCUUUUUCCAAUGGCAGCCCACUAACAGGUAAAGCCAGGUAAAACUACCCGAAUGUUGGUACUGAGUCAUAAAGUGGACUAGUCGCUACUCAUUCAGUUUAUCUACGGUCUCUGUUGUAGAAGCUCAGCAGUCUUCCGUUAUGCAGCUGGAGGCUCAGCUGCGUCUGUGUCAGAGUUGUCUGUGGUGUUACAAGAGCGGACUGCGUCUGUUUUCACAGAGCGCAGCAUGCAGAGCACCUGCAAAUUACUACGAACUCCUGGGUGUCAAACCUAAUGCAUCCAUAGAGGAAGUAAAGAAUGCAUUUUUUGACAAAUCAAAAAAGAUACACCCAGACAGUGACCCAUCAAACCCAGGUCUUCACAGCCAGUUUGUGGAGCUGAAUGAGGCCUACCGGGUGCUAAGCAAGGAAAGGAGCAGAAAGGAGUAUGACCUCAAACUCAGACAGCCCUACAGUGGAGGGCAGGCCUUCAGAGCUGCCUCCGGCUAUACCGCCUACAGAGCCAGCACGGAGGCCCAGGAUAACAUGCGCUACUGGAACCAGUUCCGCCAACCCCAAGCAAAGCAGAUGACGGCCGAGGAGCGCCAGAGCGGGAGGAGGAGAAAUUUCCGGCUGAUGGGCUACUGUUUCAUCACCAUGCUGCUCAGUAUCGGAGCCCACGUAGUCUUCUUCAGGAAACUGGAAGAGUUCCACAACAACUUUAUGGAUGAGAAAGACCGGGUGAUCACAGAAAUCUACAAUGAGUCCAAAGAGAGGGCCAGAAUCAACGGUUUCAAGAAGCAGACGGAGAUCCUGCGGCAGAAACACACCGAGUUCCUGGAGAAGUACAAAAUCCACGACUCGGCGAAAGACAAGUAAGCGCUUCAAACUGGCUUUGAGGCCUCGGGGAAGCUCGAGUUCAGCAGCUUUCACCAGUUUUAACUGACGACAAGUGGAAUUUUUGCAGGUUGAAUGUUGCUAGUACUUUUUAGAGAACUUCUUAUUUUUGUAAUUGUUCGAAGGAAGUAUUUGUCUGUAUGGACAACAUUAUAGAGCGCUCCUUGGAUGCGACGCAAAGAGUUGAAGCUCUGCUGUGAAGUGGAAGAGUCACACGGGUCAACGUGAUCAGCUAGGGAUACUCAUACUGUUGUGCUAAGCCCGGUCACAGUGGGGACGACGUGAACGAGAAUGACGGGGGGGCAGAACUAGUCCACAUCGGUCAUGUUAACGUAUAAAAAUACUGUCUCCGGGAUUGACAGAAACGAAGCUUCACAUGCAAACCUCUCCACUGACAUAAGGAGCCACAAGGGACCUGGUUAUCCCCUGACUAAUGAAGUCACUGUCACGUGUUAUGGUAACCCAGCCUACAGCAGGCUCAUGAAUAACUGUGAACCAUUACCUUGAGAAACGAGUCAUCCAAGACUUUGCAAACACAGCGUACGUUGUUGAAAGCAGCAUAGUCUCGGUUCAAGACGCACAACUGUAAAACCUGCAUCUUCUCUAGAAAGGUGCAUCAAUGUAAGUAAUAACCCAAAUGACACGUAGAGGGCACUGUGUCCGGCUGUGCUGCGGCAAAGCCUCAGUGAGUCUCGGGAGUGCUCUGAAGGAGAAGAACAGGACGGUACGUCAGGGUCAGUUCAGCCAGAAUGAUCGGUUCCGGAUCAUGUCAAGUUUUAAGUUUUCAACGUCAACCUUUUCCACACCAUGUGGUUCAAACAUGCUGCUCGGCACGGUUGGCUUUUGCCAGUCAUCGGCUGUUUCUGACGUCACCGUCCACUCCUUGCUUUUCCUUCUGUUUUGCCUGUGUGUCUCAUGGAGCUGUGAAGGCCAUCAUGGCCUCAGUACGAUAAGAUGUCGAGUGUAUUUUGUCCUAUUUGUGGGACGUUGAAUUUAAAAAUUAACACUAUAUGACAUUUACAAGUGUGAUCAUGAGUAAUUUAUUAUAAUAAAGUUUUAAUAAGUAAGGUCGUUAUGAAAACGCACAAAUAACUGGACAUUUGAAUUCCAGACUAAUUUUAAUUGAGUUUUGCUGGUUUUAUCAGCCUACACAGCCAAUGUUAACCAUAAUGCCUUGAUAUUGUGUAUGGAUAAGAGAUUGUUGUUUGGGAUGUUGCAUUUCUUCAGCCGUCGUCACCAGUCCUUGAGCGGGUGUUAGUAACCAGCCAUUAAACAACCCAUGUUCUGGUUAAAAUUAUUACUUCCAGUGUGCUUGAUUUGGUCUUGUUGUAGCCCAACUCUGCAAAACAGGACUGGUAACACUAAUGUAGAAUUCAACUGACAUUGAAAAAUAAUAAUAAUAAAGAUGAUUA